AUGGUCAACACUACCAUCGAUCAAAACCCGCUAGAUCCUAAUUACGAAAAGCGCCGUAGCUCUCUUGGAAACAUGGAUCAAGGACAGCAAGAUCAAAACAGAGAUGAGAAUAUCAUGGUGGACAGAGAGGUUGCUCCAUCAUCCCGUGCAAUGUGCCAGGAGCUUGCACACCAACAUGCCAUGAACGAUCUCCACAAGCACACAGAGCGUCGGUCUUCGCAGGAGGUAGAUCACAAUUCUUUCCUCUCUGAUCUAAGUACAGACCGUGGACUACAAGAACAUCCCGAACAAAUCGGGGAGUAA